CCUUGAGGUAGCAAUUUGAUUUUGUACUACUCUUUGUUUAGAAUGAAAGCAUCAGUGAGACCAGUUUAAUUGAAUUCAGUGUGAACACACAUAUAUUUGAACAGUUAAACGUCUCGCUUUGCCUUCUUCCUUAAAUGUUUGCAGAUCCGCCACUGGUGACGCUGCAGUUAGGCAACGAGCUCAACCCUGACACCAUCAAGGAAAACGAUGACGUAUACUUUGAGUGUAACAUCCGAGCCAACCCUAAGGAGUACAAAAUCACAUGGUUCCACAAUAAUGCGACAGUAACGCAGAACAUGUCGUCGGGCGUGAUACUGAGCACGCACAGUCUUGUGCUGCAGGGAGUGUCGCGCCACGAUGGUGGUCGCUACACAUGCCUUGCUGCCAACUCGAAAGGGGAGACGGCCAGCAAAGCAGUGAACCUCAGGGUGCAAUUUUAACAUAUCUUCGGCACCAAUUAUUACAAGAAAUCGAAUCGAUGUCAGUAAAUAACCUUCGAACCAGAAGAAUGAAUUAAAAUCUACGUUAUUCUUCUGUUACAAGAGCUAAGCGCUUUGCCUGUUACGAUUCAUAAUUACCGCUGGAAAUAUUAAUUUUUUAUAUUGUGUACACUCCUUGGAUGGGGGAUCUGCUCAUCGCGAGAAUUCUGCUGCACAAGAAAACAGUAUAGAAUAACGCAAAAAUAUGCAUGCCCGGAACUGGAUUCAAAGCAGUGAUCCGACCCCCAUCUAGU